GGCACAGCGGUUUGAGUUAUGCCCCUGUCAAUCAUCCCUGCUCACACCCUGUUUGAUGGGCCGCGGCAUUUGACGGCGUAAGAACAACAAGUUAGGGUUACCCAGUCUCAACCAUCUCAUACGACAUUGCCCAAAACUUGCGACUCGCUCUCGUGUCGUGUAAACCUUACGCCAUGCUUCAAUGCCCACAAAGAGCAAACUCGGCGACGUCGUAAGGCCGUGCAGGUUGCAGGGCACAAUCGAUCUUCCCGACAUGCCUCCGUAUCCGCGAAAAGGCUGCGCUGCAUGCAACUAUAGAUGCUUGCAAUGCAACGAGUCGCGUGAGUUCUUGCGCUGCCUCCGAGAAGCUGGCGGCAGGAUUGCUCCCGCCCCUGAAGCCGUUGACGAAUCAGAUCACUCUCCCCGCAUAUCAACAUCCGGGUACGGCCAUGUCCAUGUGACCUGCUGGCGGUGUGAUAUCUCCUCCUUUCGAAACCGCCCGGCAACCAAUCGCCUACUCGCUACUGUAAGCUCUUUGACUAGACGACAAGCUCGACGAGUUGUCAAACUUGUCAAACCACUUGUCGAGCACGUUCUUUCUCUUUUCUAUCCUGGCGCCUCGGCACAUUCCGACUUAGCUUUGCGAGUCGAUGCACAAGGUGUGGCUUUCGUAAAUGACAGGGUAAACCUCAAAAUAGCCUCACGCACACCCUUGACCACAAGAGAUACAGGGCUCACGAUUGGACAGAACCAAUACCGGACUCUGCUAUCUGAGUACACAACGUGUCGACUUGCCUGCCUUACAUUGAUGAAGGAUCUGUGGUGGGAGGUGAGAAGGUACAAAUUCACCAUCACUCUUGGGAAGCGCAACGACACAGCCACCCCCACAUGUUAAGCGCAAUCAGUCUCUGAAGGAAGCGAGGGAGAUCGUUUUGGGUAGUCAGCUCAGCUCAGCUCAGCUCAUGCUAAAAAGAGCGUGACACAGCAUCUGUCAAACGAGAUUUUUUGAUGUCGUGUAAAA